AUGUCUGUAGUUACACCGUCCAGGCGACUCUCUGCCCGUCGUGGCUCUACCACUGCCCCCGACCCGUUUGGUCUCCACGCCACCGUAAACCUCAAUCCAAACCGCUCCUCCUCGAGCAAGCUCACCAUCGUGCGCGUCCCCGCCCCCGCCCCGCCCAACACCCCGACCCCGCUUGCCCUCAACGAGCCCCCCGCGUCCCCCGUCCUCGGCCCCCGCAGACUCCACCGACGCCCCGCUCCCCAGGCAGGUGCCCCGGAGCGCGUCAGCUUCGCCUUUUCCUCUUUUGGUCCGCCCCAGCGCCCCGACUCCCCGGACCACAGUCCAUCCUCGUCUCCCCGCCUCCGUCCCUCUUCCCCGCAUCUCGCAGCAACCACGUUUGGUUCAAAACCCCGCCUUACCCCGGAUCAACUCGUUGACCUCGCCCGCUCCUCCACAGCUCCCAGACCCCAGCUCACCCCAAACCAUCAGCCCCCCUCCCCCGGACACACCCUUCCCGCUACCUUUACCCCUCUUCCAGACGAUAUCUAUCUGCCCUUCAUAGAUCGUCCCUCCGAAGUAUCCCAGCUCAUUUCGUCCCCACCAGAUGUCAAGCUCUUCUCUCUCCUCGCUCAGAUCUUUCGAAACAAGCACCCCGUUCCACUCAAUACCCCUGACCAUAGUCUCCACGAAACCCCUGUAGAUCUCCCCCGCGAUCCUGCCGCGUGGACGUAUAACCAUCUCAUCUACCAUCUCACUCGCAUCGAUCGCGACAUCGCACCCGACUUUCUCUGGGCCAUCGCUGCUCGCAAGUGCAUCCUCGCCCACUCGGAGUUACUCUGGGAGCGCAUCAAGGGCGCACUCGGUAUUCCCCCUGAGCUUGAUGUUGACUAUGACUUCCUCGAGGAUGACCAAGAGAGCCCAGACACAAGCGACAUCUCAGACGAUGAAGGCAAGGCGGCCAGAGGUCAUUGGUCGGACUGGGACGCCGUCAUGGACUCACCGAUCCACACACGCAAACGUCUGAGCAUGUCCGACUCCCCUGUUGCGAGCAUCCACUCUGGUCGUCACGCCGGCAUUGACGAGCAGGAUGCUCAUUUUCGUUCGCAGAUCGACGACAGACUCCAGGGUCUCCAGGGCGGCUUCACGCAGAGAUCCGCCAGUGCUGUUAUUCAAACCGAAGAUGGCGAGACUACCAUCGCACCGACGCCCCAUGGUGUACGUAGUCCGCCUGAACAAGAGGGGCUCGUCAUUGGGGCAUUUAGCCCACCUCUUGUCUCUGACGACGCCAUUGACCAUUUGUCCAUCGAACCGCUCCUUGCACCUCAGACACCCUCACCAUCAGUCCUGUUCCACCCACUCACGGCAGCCGCUCCACCCUCCCAUGCCGGUGGUGAGCAUCUAGGCGGAAUCGCCGAAGGUGCAGAGGAGGAGGAGGAGCAAGAGUCUGCAACUGACAUCACUGCCCCCACCGAACCUCCAGCCGCCCCUGCAGAAGAAUCCGACCCGGACCUCAUCUCCCCCUCGCAAAUCCAGGGUCUGCGCAUAUCCACCUCUCCACUCCCACCUUCCCACUCUUUCUCGCCGCCUAUCCUCUCCCCCAUUUCUCCGCUCCCGCCGUACCCACCUCCCAACUCCAGCGGAGUCGGGGUUGCCCCUCUUGGCACUCCGCCCAACACCACCGGACAGCCCUCAUCCGGUUCGCACAGCAGAGCUAGCUCGUUCUCCUCCGUCGGGCCAUUCCAGCGCUCGGAGUCUACGGGUAAUUUGUCCGCAUCAUGGAGCGCGAUGGCGGCGGCAGCAGCAGCAGCGAAUGCCAAUAAUCAUUCUGGGUCGGUGUUUGGGAGCGAGGCAGGAGAUAGUAGUGGGUAUAUGAGUGAUAGCGAUAGGUUACCUGGUCAAGGUUUGGGACCUCUCUUCCCGAGCAAUUUUGCAAGACUGGCAGGUGGACCGACGUUGAGAGCAAACACGGCUUCGGGACGUUCAGCGCAUGUCGUCCCACAUGCGCGGUACCCUCACUCUAUCCCGGCCAAUGGCGGUAGUAACAGCAGUGGUACAACAUUUGGUGGUCCCUCGCUUGCGAAUCGCCCUGGCAAAGUGCGCACGUACUCUCACGGCGCGAGUUCGCGCGUCCAUGGUGGGAUGCACGCACAUUCGCUGUCCGGCCACCAACAGCAGGUUGGGGGCUCAAGCUCGAGUUCUUCGUCCGCUGCUUCAGUCGGUUCUGCUGAUAGGAGAAGCUGGGGUGGUCUUUCAGGGUCGGGCGCUAAAACACAAGAUUAA